GUCUCGUCUCGCUGCAUCUCGCCCGUCCUCCCUUCCUGUCGACCCGUCCGUUUGUCUCUGUCGCCCGUGUCCCGUGCCGCGUGCGUUCGUUCCAUCUUGGUCCGUUGGCGUCGUUGCGUGGUCGCCGUCCGCCGGCUUUGUUCUUUCUUCCCUCGCUCCGGCCUUUGACGCCGUCGUCCUCAGCCGCGCUCUCCAGGCGCCGUCCCAGGCCUCUGGCAACGCAUGAUCCCGACCACGACCGGCUGCUUAUCAGAUGUGACAGCCCGCCGCGAUCUGCGCUCUCGACGUACAAAUAUACCCCGCCCUCGCCCACGCACGCCAUCACGCAUCGCCCAUCGUCUUGGCAUCAGGCCAAGUGGGAGCUCGGCGGCGUCGUGUGCCACGUCUUGUGCUUCGUAGAACUCGCCCGCAGCAGAAACCUGCUCGCCAGGCCAUCUGCCGAAACACUGCACAGGCACAGCCUCUCUCGCCCGCUCCACGCUCGCCCACACACGUGUGUUGCUGCAAGGCUUUGCGAUUUGAUCUGAACCACGACUCGAUACACCCUCCGACUAAUCCAACGUAGACCGCCUUCUCCUGUGAGCCUGCUCCAGUCGCCUCCCUAGCCAGGUCUGCCGAACCGCAAGUCUUGCACACUGUGUGCGACCUAUCCUUGAACCGUCACCAAACGCCGUACCUUCGCCAUCCGACUUCCGCUGCCAUCCUUUCUCUCCAGACGGGCGAGAAUCAUUCCUGCCCUCAAGAUACACCACCCACCUCACCUCGCCCCGGAAGCUACCUUCCCGGAACCUCGCACGAUUCUUUCGACUCACGCGUAAACCUGGCGCUGACAAGUCUGCAUCACAGCCACCCACGUCCUUUCAUCUCGCAAGCCUGUAGAGCAGAUAUAUCGGUCCUGUGAUUGCCGCCCUCUCGCGUCAAGGCCGGUGUGAACGUACACAUUCACGCUAAUCGCACCAUGCUGCCAAGCUAAUCGCCCACAAUGCCUGCGCGUUCGACGGCAAGGUCGCCAUCCCCCGCUUCCAAGCGCUCGCUCAUCGACCGUAUCAAAAAGCCGUUCGGCCCAAAGGCCCGCCUCUAUUCCGACUUUUUCAUACAGCCAGAUGAUCCGCAUAGGGUAUAUGGACCUGGGGACGUCGUUACCGGUAGCGUUGUGUUGAAGGUAACGAGGCCUUUCAGCGUCACGCACAUUGUCGUCUGCUUGCAUGGCUAUGCGCAGGUCUACAAGACCCCAAACAGUCCUGGAGAAAGUUACAAACAUUACAAUGCCAUCCUUGCCUCAGGAAAGGCGAGAAAGUCGGGUGGAUAUUAUGGCAACGGCUUCGUGUCAUUGUUUGAGGACGAGAUCAUGCUGUGCCGCGAUGGCCGUCUCGGCGAGGGCACAUACCAGUUCAACUUCGAACUGAUCUUUCCAAGGGAACAUCUGCCAAGUAGUAUAGAUUUUGAGCGGGGCACAGUAUCGUAUUUGAUCACCGCAACUCUGACGCGCCCCACUACGCUGUCUCCCACAUCAACAUGCGAUCGGCCCGUAAGUUUCCAGGAAGACAUUGACGUCGCGCCUUUAUCACAGCCCAAACCACGAAUCAUCACGCUAGAGCCGAUAAUGCGUCGGUCAAGGACGAGGCACAGGGUUAAACGUCAAGCAACAAAUGCCACCACAGCAGCCACGGUCACUGCUACAGCCAUGGCAAUUGACCCGUCGAGCACGAAUUCGACAGCCGAUUCAGAGGACACCGCAACCGAGGCUGGGGUGAACGAUCGAGUUGCGGAAGCAGAGAGUCAGACGGGAGCGGAACCUCCGCAAAGUCCUGUACCGAGCGACGUCAGUUUCGACAGCUACGUCAGCAGCGGCGGUACGGGCUCCGCGAUUGACUCUGCCGCUCCAUCGGCAAGGACAUGUGAAAGCAGGCAUACCAACGGAAGGUCGAAUACUUGCACAAGUUGUCAAAAGCGCCCAAUAACGGCUACUAUCAGCAUAGAAAAAGCCGGAUUCUUAAGGGGUGAUUUGAUACCUGUCAGAGUCUGGCUCACCCAUACUCGGGCGGUAAAGAGCCUAAGAGGAGUCAUUGUUACGUUUUACCGUCGGGCAAGGGUGGACCUGAACCCAGCCCUGCCCGUAGUUCGGGGUGGAGAGGAUGAGGUGCAUCAAAAGCCCAAAAUCGGCCUGGCCGGACUUUCACUCUCGUCUGCAGGAUCUACACAUACCUACCGGAAAGAUCUUGAUCAGCAGUUUGCGUCACUCAUCGUCAAUCCUGUUACUCUACAGGCCGAUGUCAAGGUCAGUCUAAGGGUGCCGGAAGAAGCCUUCCCCAGCAUCGCCUCCGUCCCAGGUGCCAUGAUCAGCUUCAAGUACUACGUAGAGGUAGUAGUCGACAUCCAGGGAAAGUUGGCAGGACUUGACAAAUACCUACCAACUGCCGGUACCCCACAGAAUGCGACAUUGAAUGGACGUAUGGGUGAUUCGAACGGAGGCAUUUACACUCCCUGGGGCGGCCAUUUCGUCAACACGGAAGAGAUCAGGCGUGAGCGAAGUGUCGUCUAUUCCGUAUUCGAAGUGGUCGUUGGUACAAGAGAUAGCGAGCGGCGGAGUCCGUGGAAACAGCCUGCCUCAGACGGACCCACCAUAAUGGGACCAGAGGAAACUCAGAAUCAUGGGGCUCAACCGGAAAAUGUUGCAGAGCCAACGACAGCCGCGCGGAACAACAACGGCUACGAAUCACAUCGCACAAUGUCCUGGGAGCAAUACUGGCGACAUCAUCCACCGGACCAACAUAAUAAUGAUCAUCCUCCACCCAUCGAACAGUUUCCGCUGCCGAAUUUGGAGAAUGAACAGCAACUGAGUGAAAAGGAGCGCAUGCGGAGGGCUGAAGCGAGGUUGCUGCCCAGUGCUCCUCCAGAAAAUGGAGAACCGUCUGCUCCCAGAGCUGUGCUUACUCCAUCUGCGCCGCAAUUGAGCAGUGAGAGACCUCUGCCACCACUACCAUCUGCCCCGCCAGACUUCGAUUUUGGCCCCGAAGCCCCCUCGGCGCCCAGCAUCCUCACCGUGCAUCACGUAGGAGACGCUGAAGCCAAUGCACCGGCGUAUGAACAUGAUGACAGACUCGCGGUACCAGCGACUGAUGAGAAAGACGAACUUCGUCGUCGGAGGCUCGAAAUGGAGCGUUCUGCACCUGAGCUCCCUGAGGAGGACAUUUCUACAGCCGGUCCAUCGUCGCUGCGAACGCCCACUGCACCAUCUGCUCCUCUCGCAGAGAUGUUCGAGCAAACAUCACCUUCAGCACCGCUGCUUUCUGAAGAAGAACAUUUCGGCUUCUCAGCACCAUCGCCGCCUCAGCCUUUACCUCGCUAUGAGCGGUGAGGAAACACUACCGUAAGGUGAGGCGUUCUUCUCGCACGAGAUUACUCCCUGUCCAUCUUAUCUGAUAGAUAGGUGUGCAUGCGGGUUUCCACUCUAGGAAAGACUCAUGACUUUGACGAUCCUCACCUGUAAUGUACUCGUUUUACAAAGAGCACUGCGAACAUGGGAUAUUUUGAUUGCAGAGCAGCCUCUGCGAAAUUUAGUGCGGACGAAAUCAUUUUGUGCUUUUUAUUCUAUAUCGAAUCCCACUUCUUCGAUCUCAC